AUGAUGGGAUUGCUUUCCACAAUACGCGGCAAAAAGGAUGUUCCCGUGAUUGGUUCACCUGCAGUUGGUCCCAUAGCGAGUAAAAGCAAAAAAUUAGUGAUUCAAGAAUGGCCACGAUUGCUCGAACGUGAACCGAACCUAUUCAUCAAUGUUUGGAAUGCAUCUGCCGCACGCAGCACCUCAAUAAAGCAAGCCUUUGGUAUAGCUGACAAUGAGAAUCCAGAGGAUAACAAAGCAUUCGUAAAUUUGGCAGCAACGAUACAAAAAUUUUUCUACAGACUGGUUUGCAUGGCUGAAGCAAUCGACGACACUUUAUCAAGUUACAUGGAUGACGAGGAAAAGCGACCCGAGAUGAUUUUAGCUUACCAAAGAGUCUUCAACAAAGUAGUCCACCAUAUGCGAACAGGUUACAACGAACGAAGAAGGGAAAAGCUGAAGAGUAAUGGAAGAACAGAAAUAGACUAUCAAUUGAAACAUGCAGACUGA